CCUUUUGUGCUCCCAGCAUGCACCAGCCUCUCCUCCGCGGGAAACAAAAAUGGCGAGCGGCUGCGGUGGAGCCGGGCUGUCCGUGAGGCGGGUCUGACCCCUCCCCCGCCGCCUUGCCGCCGCUGCGUCGUGGGGGCCGCGCUCGGGGGGUCCCGCCGCGCACCCAGGGCCCGGCCUCCCCGGGGGGAAGGCUUCUGAGCUCGCCAGUUUCCCUGUAUGAGGCGGUUGGCACCACUGGAGAGACCGAAUGAGAGACUCUACAGCGGUGGGUAAUUCACUGGUCCAUAAGCGGUCUCCUGUACGUCGAAGCCAUAAGAGCUCAGCAUCUCUGACCAAGCCGUCAUUACGUGAUGGACAGAAAGCCAAAAAGCCACUGUGUAAAUUUGAAGAAGGUCAGGAUGUCCUAGCUAGAUGGUCAGAUGGCUUGUUUUAUCUUGGAACUAUCAAAAAGAUAAACAAACUGAAACAGAACUGCUUCAUUAUAUUUGAAGACAGUUCCAAAUCCUGGGUUCUCUGGAAGGACAUACAAACAGGAGCCACUGAAAGUGGGGAAAUGGUCUGUACAAUAUGUCAGGAAGAGUAUUCAGAAGCACCGAAUGAAAUGGUUAUAUGUGAUAAAUGUGGGCAAGGCUACCAUCAGCUGUGUCACACACCAAAUAUUGAUUCCAGCGUGAUUGAAUCAGAUGACAAAUGGCUCUGUCGACAGUGUGUUUUUGCAACAACAACAAAGAGGGGAGGUGCGCUUAAGAAAGGACCAAAUGCCAAAGCACUGCAAGUCAUGAAACAAACAUUACCUUAUAAUGCAACAGACCUUGAGUGGGAUGCAGGUCAUAAAACCAAUGUCCAGCAGUGUUACUGCUAUUGUGGAGGACCUGGAGACUGGUAUCUAAAGAUGUUGCAGUGCUGCAAAUGUAAGCAGUGGUUUCAUGAGGCUUGUGUGCAGUGCCUCCAAAAGCCAAUGCUUUUUGGUGACAGGUUUUAUACAUUCAUUUGCUCAGUUUGCAGUUCUGGACCAGAAUACCUCAAACGUUUACCCUUGAGAUGGGUAGAUAUAGCACAUCUAUGCCUUUACAACCUAAGUGUUAUUCAUAAGAAGAAAUACUUUGACUCAGAGCUUGAACUCAUGGCCUACAUUAAUGAAAACUGGGAUAGAUUGCAUCCUGGUGAGCUGGCAGAUACACCAAAAUCUGAAAGAUAUGAGCAUGUACUGGAGGCAUUGAAUGAUUACAAGACCAUGUUUAUGUCUGGAAAAGAAAUAAAGAAAAAGAAACACUUGUUUGGCUUGAGAAUUCGUGUUCCUCCUGUGCCACCAAAUGCUGCUUUAAAGGCUGAGAAAGAACCAGAAGGAACUUCUCAUGAGUUCAAAAUUAAGGGCAGAAAAUCAUCUAAGCCAAUCCCUGAUGUGAGGGAAUUAAGUAAUGGUAUAGAAAGAAAGGGGAAGAAAAAGUCAGUAGGUCGUCCACCUGGUCCCUAUACAAGAAAAAUGAUACACAAGACUCCAGAGUCGUCUCCUCUGGAUAGUGAACCAGUUCCAGUGAUAGAGAACCCAACCUUGGAAUUACCCUGCACUGUUGGGAAAUCUGAUGGAACUGCACAUUCAUCCAAUACCUCAGAUGUGGAAUCCACAGGUGCUGCCAGUAUGAAAGAAACUACCUCAUCUAGCAUUUCCAGACAUUAUAGUUUAUCUGACUCGAGAAAAAGGACUCGUACAGGAAGAACUUGGCCUGCUGCAAUACCACAUUUGAGAAGAAGAGGUCGCUUUCCACGGAAAGCUCUCCAGACUCAAAACUCAGAAAUUGUAAAAGAUGAUGAGAGCAAGGAAGAUUACCAGUAUGAUGAACUCAAUACAGAGAUACUUAACAACUUAGCAGAUCAGGAGUUACAGCUCAAUCAUCUGAAGAACUCGAUUACUAGCUAUUUUGGUGCAGCAGGUAGAAUAGCUUGUGGGGAGAAAUACCGUAUUUUGGCUCGUCGGGUGACACUUGAUGGAAAGGUGCAGUAUCUUGUGGAGUGGGAAGGAGCAACUGCAUCCUGACUGUAGGACUGAACAUUAUGUUCACUGCACUGUCAUAUGUAAGUACAGUUCAUAAUGCAGAGCCUCGAGAGAAACGUGUCUUUAAAUGUGUUUCUGAAAAAAACAAAACAAAACCAGUUUAGCCUUAACAUGUAAUUGUUACCAUUACAGCUCUUGUGAUAAAGACUUAUCUUUUUAAAAUCUGAUCUGAAACUUAAAUUUUUUAAUCUAAACAUUGUUAGAUUGUUUUAGGUUGGGAUAUUUUGGGUUGCAAUUGCUUAAAAAUGUGCAUGGUGUUUAAAAAAAAAAAGAAAAAAGUUUUCUAGAGAACAUUCCAUGGAUACAGUUAUUGUGAUUUAGAGAAAAUACUAUGUAGAUAGCACAAAUUUUGAGAAAUUUCGGUUUGUUUUCUUACCCAAAUGUUUGCAGAAAUGUAUUUCUAUUUCAAUACUUUCUAGAUUUCAUAAGUGCAGUGUAUAUAAUGCCUACUGAUGACUGUAAAAUACUGAAGUUUUCUUUCAAAGUGUAAAAAAAAAAAAAGAAAAAAAAAGAAAAAAAAGAAAAAUAUAUUGAGCCUGUAAAUUGCUCUGUGACCAGACUUCAUUGUCUUCUUAAUAUAUUCUUUGUGUGUAUGUGUGUGUGCGUGCAUGUGUGUGCAUAUAUACAUGUGUAUAUAAGCGCACACAUACUUGUGUGUGUGAGUAUAUAUGUGUGAUUGUGACCUAUGCAAUACAAAUUAUGGGAUCGGGCAGCUUCUGAGAAUACAUCCCAUAAUUCUUUUUUCAGGAAUAGUUGCCAGUAUUUACACAGCAGCAUUUCUUCUCAGGCUUAUUGGGUGCUGUUGCUUUCUAUGUACUAAGGAAAAGUGUCAAACCAGUGCAGUGUGUUCUGGCAAUGGGUGCAGUCAUUGAUGUUCAUAUGCUCUAGGUUAUAUGUGCCAUUGUUUUCCAUGUGAAUUAACUGUUAAAUAAUGCAGGAUCUGAACAUUUUGAAAUUAACUCCGCUAGAAGUAACAAUUUGGAAGUUCUUGUGGCACUCUGAUUGUAAAUUCUGUGUCCCAGUUAUAAACUAAGUUGACAGCAGUCGCACACCAGAUUCCUACAUAUCUGUAGAAACAGUCGUAUUUUCAUAAAUGUAAUAUGAGCAAAGUGUAUUAUUGCACAGGGUCAACAAACAGUUUGUUGCCAUUUGAAGUAACGUUACUGAUUUUAUUACAACAUUACCUCUUUUGUUCUUAUGAAAUGCACCAAGUUUUAAAUAGAUAAGUUGAUUUUACUUGUUUAAAAGAAAA